AUGACCGUUUGUUUAUUUACUGAUUAUUGGAUAUAUGGAAAUCAAACAAGAUUAUCACAAAAUCCAACAGCAAAAAUAGGCGAUACAAGAAUUUUAAAUUAUACUUUUCAUCGAAUUGGUCUUUGGCGAGAAUGUGUGAGAGAAACAAAAGAUAUUCCAUAUACAUGUGAGAUUGUUAAAUAUUCUAAAGAAGAAGCAAAAUUAGAAAAAGGUUUUAAAGCUGUAUCAUAUCGAUCAGCACCAAGUAUGGCUUGUUUUACAGCUGCCUCUGUUCUCUUAAUAUUGGCUAUUUUUUUGUUUACACGUGGUCUUUGUAAACGACGUCGAAAAGCUGUUUUUUUCAUCUCAGGACUUUUAUUUUCUAUCUCAGGUUUACUAACAAUGGUUGGUGUUACCUUAUAUGUUUCCAUUACAACUGAAGAAUCGGUUAAAUAUGAUCAAAAUUUUCCGUUGAUGAAUUGUGACUAUGGAUAUUCAUUUCUAUGUGCCGUUUUAUCAUUUGUUUUACAAGAAUUAACUGGUGUUUUAACAGUUUAUUGGUUUAUUUAUCGUUUUCGUGCACUUGUACGUAAACAAGAAAAAUUACGUGAACGUACUCGUCAACUUAUGGGUAAUUGUUUAUCAAUGACAACUGCUUUACCAUUAAAUCUUGCUUCAUGGUCUCCAACGAAUAAUACUACAAAUUCGAUAACAAAUCGUUCAAAUCAAAAUCAUGUAUAUUAUCAACAUGCAUCAAAUGAUGUAUCAAAUCCUUUAAUACAAAAACAACAACAACAACAAAGAAGACGGAUACCAUUUGAUAAAUCGUAUUCACCACAACCAUUACAACGAAUUGAUAAAACACAUUAUACAACAAUUACACCAGUACGAUCACCGACACUUAAUUAUAGAGAUUAUUGUCGUGUUUUAAUUCGUGCUGAAGAUAUGGAUUUACUUACACAAAUGGUUAAAUCAAAAUCUCAAGCACAAUUAUUAGCUAAUUCAAGACCAACAACACCAGCACCCACAAUUAAUACAAAAAUCUCAGCGAAUUCACGCAUAUCACGACAAACUAAUGAUAAUACAAUACGACGAAAUACAAGAAAAGGUGUUAAACGGACUACAUCUGUUUAA